AUUCAGUGUUGUUCCAACAUGAAUCGAAUGACUUUUCCAAAUAUUGUGGGGAAAUAAGGAAAUCCGUAUACAGUGGUGUUAAGAACAUCGACUCAUUUCUAGUUAAUGCCAUAUGCGGAUUGUGGGGCUUGUAUUGCCCUUACAGAGUGUUUUGUACACUGUAAUAUUUUCCUUCGUUGCUUUAGAUUGGUAUCAAGACAAAAGACGGGUGCAAUGCACUGCGUCCUCGAAUAUGUAAAGAAUAUUCUAAUAUUUUUCGUAUCUCUUUAAUUUCCAUUCCUCUCCAUAUAUUUUAAGACAAAUUAAUUAUUUCAAUUUGGUGUUUUUUGUCGUUAUGGUGGUUUUCUCACCGUUAUCUGGGUAAUGUGUGGGGAAUGUUGAAGACCGCCUGGCAACACUGCUGUGACGUUCCUAUGUUUGGCUCCCGCGGACAGCUGCAGUGGUGUGGUCAGGCCGUGGUGAAAACAUCUGUUUUGAUAUUUAUUUUUGUUAACAUAAGUCGUGAUAAUGGAAAGCAGUGUAAAUGGCGGUCUGGGAGCGUAUAUUUCUUCGGAUUCCCAGAAUUUUAUCAUUCACGGAGAAGAAAUAGAUGAUGAUGCAGAAUGUUCAAUGGCAGCUGAAAAUACCGAUGAUUCCAAUCACGGAGUUGGAGAUAAAAGCAGCUGUGUUAUCAGAGAACAAGAUAGAUUUCUUCCAAUCGCCAAUGUGGCAAAAAUAAUGAAAAAAGCCAUUCCUGAAUCUGGAAAGAUUGCCAAAGAUGCCAGAGAAUGUGUGCAAGAAUGUGUGUCAGAGUUCAUAAGUUUUAUAACAAGUGAAGCUAGUGAUCGUUGUCAUAUGGAAAAAAGAAAAACUAUUAAUGGAGAAGAUAUUCUAUUUGCCAUGACAAAUCUAGGCUUUGAUAAUUACGUAGAACCUCUUAAGUUAUACCUCCAAAAAUAUCGUGAGGCUACAAAAGGUGACAAAACAUUAACAGCUGGUGAAAUGUAUGAUGAAAUACCUGAAGAUUUUGCUCACACACUUAAUGGGAACAUCUUGACAGCAGAAGGUGAUGAACAUGAAACUGUGAUAUACUACCCGGACCAUACAACAUUACAGCCAUUCUAGUUGCAUUGACAUAUGUUGUACAAGAAAUCAAGUUGCCUUUUCAAUUGUUCACAAAUGUGAUUCUUUUGUGAAAAGGUUUCAUCCUGUGCCUUAUUGUACCUGCUACGUUUCUGUUGCAAAUAUGCAAAACUUGAAUGGGUAUAUAUUUUUGUAAAGUACUUUUGUACAAUAUUUUGUCUAUUGAAUUAUAUUUCAUGUGUUUCACAAAAGUGUAUUUUUCAUACUCGUGAUUGUUGACUAGAGUUGUUCUGUAUGAAAAUACAUUGUGUAUUUGCAAACAGUAAGUGUGUAUUGAGAAGAUGUUUAGAGAGUUUGUGCAUUUUUAAACUCUAUAUGAAUAAAAGAGUUUGCAAGAGAUUACUGUGCACUUGAACUGUUAAAAUGUGAUUAUAUGACAAAUGUUUAACACUCUUGGAAUGUACAGAUAUCUCGUACGAACUCUGAGUACUAGUGGCCUCCAAUCUCAUUUGCGUAUGUUCCAUUUACCAUGGUACACACUUUGUGUUAAUUUCUUCGAUUUAAUUUUAAUUCUUCUAAUUUUUUUUUUUUUUUUUUUUUUUUUUUUUUUUUUUUUUUUUUUUUUUUUCAUAAAAUAAUGAUUCUACUUGUGAAUAACCUAUCUAUAAAUAUUAAUCAUUACUACAGUAUUAAUCAGACAUAUUAAUUAUUGCUGAUUAAGCACUGAUAUAACUGCUUUUGAUUUAUUGUCAGAACCCACUUGUUUUGACACGUAUGAAAUAUGUGUCUAUUUACCACUGAACAGACCAGUGUUGAUGUAAACUGUACCUUACUUUUCCCGCCAUAUCAUGAUAUUGAGAAUAUAAAUUAUUAUUUCAAUUCUUUUUAAUUAUAGUUUUAUUCUCUGAGUAAAUUUCUUCCAAUGUUUUUGGACAAUACUAAAUUAAGACAACAAUAUACUUAGCCUUUCUGUGCUAAUAACACUGAAAAUCACAGUAUUGAAAGCAUUUCAAUGUAAUUGGGCAAGACCAUUUGUCAGCUUGAUAUCAGUGCUUUACUGAAGAAAAGUAUUGAGAAGACCGUUACCUUAUUCAUUAAUUGUGAACUGUCUAGAUUCUACUUAUCUAGACAUAAACAUGAUCAUUAUACGUGUAUAUAUGUGUGUGUGAGGUUUGAAUGUAUGAAUAUAUUACUGAUGGCAAGUGCAUUUCACAUUUGUGCCAAAUUAUAUGCAUAAUAUUUGAUGAUAUUUUACAUAUAAAAUCUGUGAUUUAUUGCCUUGGAGAUUCUAUUGCAGAUCAGGUUAUGAGCGCAGCACAAUGUUCAUUGUUCUGUGACAUCAACUUGAUAUCUACUUGCACCCAUGAACAAUCUUAGCACCAAACGUAUGAAACUUAAGAUUGAUAUAUUCUCCUUGUUAACACAUUUUCCCUUAUGACAACGAAGGAAUAGUCUGUCUUCCAUCAGAAUGUGGUGAAUGACAACACACACUCGCAAUGGCAAUGGCCUCGUUUAUAACCAUAAACUUUUAAAAAUAAUUGACCUUUACUACAUGUAUCCAAUUUCAUGACAAGGCUUUGGUCUCCGGGAUUAACAUCCUUGAGUCUGUCCUACGCAUCAUUUCCAAUUCAUUUUAUUCUUAAGUUCUUUUUUCUGUGUAAUUCCAAGUCAUGCCUCAUGUUUCAAAGUUAAUAAGGUGUUGCCCAUAAAUUACAUAUUGCUAAAGAGAGAGGAGGGAGUUUGUGGCAGUAUUACAUAAAUUGUUACAACAAACAAAAAUAUUCUUACAGCAGUGGUAUAUUGAUUGAAUUAGGUCGAUUAUAAAGAAAAUAUUCAAAUCUGAUCUAGAGCAUAUUCUAAAAUCCAAUUAAACUGGCAUAGUAGAUUCUUGCACAUGCGUCAUCUACAACAAUGCGUACCUGUCUUCCCAGAAAUUUUCUUGCUCAAAUGUCCUUCCUGGACACAAAAAUUGUCCCCAAUGUAAUUGUUCGACAAUGUAGUCAUCAUAAUUCUGACUAAUUGUCAUAAAUUUUAAUGUAAUACACAUAGAAUUAAUACAAAUUAGUUUUACUGUUAUAUAAUUUAGUGUUGCGUAUUGUAAAUGGGGAGAGGUGGUCACAAGUGUUAUGCAAUCAUUAAUGAGGGGAGAAGGCAAAAUUUAUGGGAAAACAAUGUUUUAAUGUGUUUGAAUAUGCUACUUUACAAAGAAAGAUCUCAGAAAAAUUUACAAUUUUCAUUUAAAGCUUAUUUAUGGAAUUUAUUAACUUAGGAGGAAUAGAUUAGAUAUUGAGGAAAACCGACUGAAAGCCAGUGUGUUUGUGUUUUUUUUAACAUAAAAGUGUUGAGACUUGCAGCUCAUGUUUAGCUCUUUUUGCAUGCAAAUUUUUCAGCUUUCUGAGAGGUUCAGAACCUGCAUGGAAAACAUUAUAAAAUGCAUGCAGGUAGUAGGUUAAAUUUCUUUCAAAGAAAAAAAAAAGUUAACUUAAACUGAGGGCAUGAAGUUAAGGUCAAAUUGCUACCUAAAAUGGUUUUAAAUUAUUUUUGGUGAUUUCUUCACUUUCAUUAUUUGGGGUUUGUAAUUCCAUGAAAUGAGACACUAAAUUGUUUAUUGAAAAGCAUAUUCAAUGCAACAAAGAUGUUCAAGAAAAGUGGACAGUCACUGGAGCUCACACAGUAAAUAGUACACAUGUACAAAGCCACUUUUCCACUACACCUUUUCAAUCUCCAGAAAUUUAACGGUUUCAAUAACUUAAUAGUGAUCCAAUAAAUUAAUAUAUGUAGAGGUGCCCUGAGAAAACAAAAGGCUUGCUUAUUUAUUUUCAAUUUAACGAACAUUUUGUCCAUAUGACAGUUACAAAAAUUACAGGUUUGUUAUAAUUAAUUGUAUCCUUAAAUGCUUUCUCAUGGUCAAGCCAUUGUAGGUACAUAUUUUGAGAAAUAAAUGGACUGAAAGAUUAAUUUUGUGCAACAUUGCAAAUAUUUUGUAAUAAAAGUUGGAUAUAUAUACAAAUGAAUACUGAAUAUAUUUAAUAGUUCUUUUGUACAGGAGUACCCAGGGAAAGCCAGAGGUCUGGAGCAGUAGGUUCCCAGGAGUCCCUUAUUUCAAAUAAAAGUUUCCACCCAAUACCUGAAUAGAAUUCAGUUCUUCAUGCAACAGAAAUAACACAUCUGUUAAUCUGAAUUAGAAGUAAAUACAUUUUUUUAUGUUUUGAAUGAGGAAAACAAAAAUUGGAGUCUCAGUUAAACUGAGGCCUGGAAAAAGCUGCC